AUGAUGCGCCCUCCACAACAACCACAGCAGGACCAUUCAACUUCUAAUGGUUCUGUGUUGGACACGAUCGUGCAACAACAAUCUCAAGCUUCUCAACUCGAUGAAGAGAUUCCAACCACGGACACAAAGAUGAUUACAAAAAUGAAUUCUGUUAUCUUGGACAAUGCACCUUCUUCUGAUCAGAGCAUGUUACAAGGAGAUGCAAAGAACGAGGUCGUUCUCGAAUAUGAUCAACAUGUGGAAAUUCAUUACAAACCUCCUGCUAUUCUUCACAAUGUGAUUACUGACAAGUCACUUCAAUUCAAUACUCCCGUUGCUUUACCAACCACACAAUCAGAACAACCACAACCUAUUAUUCACCACCAUUAUCAUCAUUUUAACCAUAACUCUCAACCAGAAAUUUGUGAAAAGAAGAACUCCCAAUCUAAUGAAAAGCCAACAACAACAACCUCCAUUCCAACCACCACACAUCCAACAACAUCUUCGUAUCCAUCCAUCGUUCUAUUUAACACACCUUUUCAAGUCAUGGAAAAGAUGAAAAUUGAAGGUGUUCGAAAGUCAAAACUCACAGUGGAUCAAAUGAUUGUUCUUUCCUUAUUUGCUGGAAUUUUCAAAGGAGUCGCUUGUACGUUAUCCUUGUUAACAGCAGGAAAUUCACAAAAGAUGGAAGAAGAAUAUCCUGGAUUACAAAAAUUCUUUUUUGGAGCUGUCUUUCCAAUUGGAUUAAUUUUAAUUUCAGCAACGGGAGCAGAACUCUUUACUGCCAAUGUGUUAGUCGUAUUGGUGGGAUUGUUCUCCCGAAAAUGGCGUGCCAAGAAAUUCAUCAUUCAAUUCGCUCAAUUUUCAAAGAAUUUGUUGUUGAGUUAUGUGUUUAACAUGUUAGGUGCUUUCAUGAUGGCAUAUUUCUUUGUGUAUCUCAUACAACCAUGUUGUACGGCUCAUUGGAUUGAAUAUGUGAAACAUUUGGCAGAAGUUAAAACUUCGAAAUCGUUUGGAGCUUGUUUGGCUUCAGGAAUUGUUUGUAACAUGUUGGUUACUAUGGCCACCUAUAAUUCACAUGCUGCAACAACGAUGGAAGGAAAGAUUCUUGGAAUUUGGUUUCCAAUCAUGACUUUUGUGGCUAUUGGAUUCGAACAUUGUGUGGCUAAUGCGUUUUUCAUUCCAUUAGGCAUGUUGUACGGUGCCAAUGUGACUCAAUAUCAAUUGUUCAUUGGUAAUCUGCUUCCUGCAACCAUAGGCAACAUUAUUGGAGGAGCGUUUGUGAUUGGAUGUUUGCUGUACUAUGUGUACGAUUAUAGAAACAGACAUAACAGAAUAUUAUUCAACUUGAUAGAGCGUAUUUGGGGUAAAAUUAAGGACAGAUAUCGAUCCAGAAAUCCAAAUCAAAUAGAAACAACCUCCACUCAAAGCGAUCCAAAAGAAUCCUCAGAUUCUGAUUGCAGUGACUUGGAAAUGGGACCAUUAAGAUAA